AAAAAUUUAAUCUUUGUCUGUUAAUCGUUGUUUUGGUCUAUAGUUGAAGCCGUUAGUUCAAGCUUCGGUUCCAAAAGAGCUUCCAACCUCACUAAUCCAACUCAAAUACGUUUGUAUAGAACAAAUGUGUUUUGUUGACGGCUAUGGAUUGCCUUUUCUUACUGUUUUGACCAAAUGCUGCCCGAACUUGGAGAAAAUUAAGCUAGUGAUUGAUACUGAUUGGAAUAAUGAGAAGAAGAUAAAGUCCGUUGUGUUGGAAGAAUAUUCGGAUGUUUGGUUGGAGCAUAUGAAUGAAUUGAAGAUUGAUUUUUUCAGAAACUUUAAGCCGGAGUUGGAGUUUGUGAAGUUUAUCUUGGCUAAGUCACCCAAUCUGAAAAAGGUGAUAUUGCUAACCUGGAUGGUUGAUAAGAACACAGAGUUGGAAGUGUUAAAAGUUCUCUUAAGCGCUCCAUGCCCAUCAUCGGCUGAAAUCGUUGUUAGGAAUCGCUGCGAACGAUUUAUGAUGACAAUUAGAUCACUCAACUAAUUGGAGUUUUAUAAACUUUUUUCUGUAAUAUUUUCUUGUUAGUAUCUAUGAAAACGUAACGAUGUUAAAUGGGUCUGUGAAAGAUUUCUUGGGCUCAA